GCUUGGGGAAUACUCAGAGCAAUUUGCCCAACCUUUUAUAUUCCCAGGAGAUCAUCUGAACAGUGUUAAAGAGGGAUGGCUGUUUCUAAAUUACAUUUUGAUACAUUUCUAAGAAGCUAUUUAUAUGUAUUUCAUAUAUAAGAACUAGAUACCAUACACAGUUUAAAGAUACUAGUUACACAAAAUAAUGAAACAGAUACAAUUAAUUAAAGGGUUUAAUAUGAUAUAGUUUAUGGGGCUAUAGCUGCUGCUAGGUUGAUUCUUGAUCUUCUGAAGCCAUGAACUUGUGCAGUUCCAGACCCUGGAAAAGCCUUUUUUAAUAAAAAAGGAAAAAACAUAUAUUUGUUUGUGAGCCUUUGAUGAACUAUAAAUCCUUUUUGGGGAGUAACCAUGGCUCAAUAACAAGGUUAUCUUUUGAGAUGUGAAAUGGCUGCUUAUUUCUUACCUGACAUUAUAGUGAGGGUGAAAUAUUAUGGUGUAUUAUUUGGCGCUGGCUGUCACUGUAUUACUGGGUUGUCAGUAUAAUGCAUUAAGUCUCCAACCUCUUAUGGAAUAAAACCAGGUGCAUGCUCACUUUAAGCACAUACCUACUUCUGCUGUACUGUGUGAGUGCUCAUAGUGACGUACAAACUUUUGCAUUUGGCCUGCUCUGAUUUGAACACCCUCAUUCUAUCUGAUGAAAGAAACUCUCUUCGGAGCUGAUUUGGGAGGCUCUUUUCUUUCAAUGCAUCAGAUGCUGAUGUGUAAUGAGAAAGCCUCUGCAUCGGAGAUAUGAAGAUUGACUGAACACUGAGCCUACCAGUUAUUGAUUCAAAGCAUAGCCUCAGUCUCUCUCCCUUUCCCUCCCUGGAGCGGCUGCAUCUUUCUGGUUCAUUGCAUUUAAUCCGAUUCCCUGUGCUGCGUGGAAUACAGAGAAUUAGAUCCCCAAAUCCGUCUCCCAGCAAUGUUCACUUCAAAAUCUAACUCUGUCUCUCCUUCUCCCUCAAUGGACCCUGCCGAUUCAGAUGCCUUGGAUAUCAGCACCAAAGUACAGCUCUAUGGUGUGCUCUGGAAGAGACCUUUCGGAAGGCCUUCGGCCAAAUGGUCCAAGAGGUUCUUCAUAAUCAAGGAGAGUUUUCUACUUUACUAUGCUGAAAACGAAAAAAAGAAUUUUGAAAACCAUCGCUACUUUAAUAUCCACCCAAAGGGUGUCAUACCUCUUGGAGGCUGUAUUGUAGAAGCCAAGGAUGAGCCCGGCAUGCCUUAUGCCAUGAAAAUCUCCCACGAAGAUUUCCAUGGGAACAUUGUCCUAGCAGCGGAAUCAAAGUAUGAGCAAGCCCAAUGGUUGGAGUUGCUACAGGAAUCUGGAAAAGUCACCUGGAGAAAUGCUCAGUUGGGAGAAGCCAUGAUCGAGAGCCUGGAAGCUCAGGGACUCCAGCUGGCCAAGGAGAAACAGGAAUAUUUAGAUAAAUUAAUGGAAGAAACAGAGGAGCUGUGUCUGCAAAGGGAGCAAAAAGAGGCUCUGGAACGUCUCAACCAAGUCUUGGAAGCAGAGAAGCAGCAAUUUGAGGAAGUGGUGCAAGAUUUGCGGGUGGAACAAGACCAGAUUAAACAAGAGCUGGAAAUGACAGCCCAGUCCCUCAAAGGAGUGGAGGAAGAAAAGACAGGGCUUCGGAAUCUGACAGAGACAUUGCAGAAGACACUGGAAGAACUCUCCCUGGAAAAACAGCGGACUCUUGAAAUGCUGGAAGAGAAGGAAAAUCAGCUGCAGCCCACGGCCAGCCCUAGUGAGCUACCUGAUGCUAUGGGUUGUCUGCAGAACAGCUUACACCAAAUUGAAGAAAAAAUGCACCAGUUGCUGGAAGAGAAGCUCUUGGCAGAGAAAAGAAUGAAAGAGAAUGAAGAGCGUUCCCGAGCCCUGGAGGAAGAGCGGGAAUUUUAUUCCUCUCAGUCGCGGGCCUUGCAGAGUUCACUCUCAGAGCUGACAGCUGAGAAGCAGAAGACAGAGAGAGACCUUAAGGCAGAGGUAAAGGUGCGGAUGGACCUAGAGAAACGCUUGCGAGAGGCCGAGGAAGCCCUGCAGAGUCUGGAGCAAGGCCUGAAUUGUAAGCACCGGAACAAAGAAAAGGAGGAAAAAAUGAAAGCAGAUGUCAGCAAUCUGAAAAAAUUCUUUGAGGAGUGCAUCCGGAAUGCCGAGUUGGAAGCCAAGAUGCCAGUCAUUAUGAAGAACUCUGUGUAUCUCCACAAGGCUGCCACCCGCAGGAUAAAAAGCUGUCGAUUUCACCGCAGGAGAUCCAGCAAUACAUGGAAUGACUUGCGCCAGUCACAAUCAUUCAUGUACUCAGAGGCUGAAAACAUAGAAGAUCUGAAGCAAGCUGCCAAAAAGUUGAGUGAGGACCAGCACUUCCGGGAAACCAUCUAUAAAAUCAUGAUUUCACGUCAAGAUUCCUCCUUGGGCAACAAAAAGUGAAGCUUUCCUUCUCCUGUCCACAUAGAGAAUCUAACCUCAGCUUGCAAUUGUUCCACUCAGCAAAGGCCAAAUGACUGUCUAUGCUUGGAAGCAGAGGGGCACCCUUUCCAUGCAGCAGGCAGUGAAUGAAUCAUUUCUCACUGGGGAGGGUUGUGGUUCAGCUGCUAUCUCCAAGUGAAGACGAGCUGUGUCUCCUGGCACAUGUGGUUGCACUACCAUCACAUCAGCUAAUUCUACUCCCAUUUAGAUCUGCUUUAGCAGGAUUCUUCGAGGUUAAGGUGAAUGUGAGCCACAGAGUUGGCUGUAAUCACCCCUUCCCAACUCAGUACUCUCCGGAUGUAUUGGAUAACAAUUCCCACCAUCCACAGAAAGAGGAGAUCAGAUUGAGAGAGAGACUGGUUUUAGAAAAUACCCAACUUCUUAUUUUAGAACAGAUGCAGACAUAGAUUCUACUGGGUAAUUAAUAACUUUUUAUGGCAGGUAACAAACUAUACAUGAUGCAAGUUAUAUUCUUAUGCUGCUUUCAUCUGUACAUUAAAUAGACUGCUAUUCAGAUGAUCAAUAAUAGAUUUGGAAUAUGUGCAAUGAUUACGGAAUGGCCUAAGACUACGAUUUUUGGAUGGCAUGAUUUUAAUAGUGAAUGCAAUUUUAAAUGUUUAAUAUGUAUUAAUUUUAAUUCAAUUUAUUUUAAGCUCAAUGUUUGGUAUGUGUUUAAGGCAUUGAAUAAUUGCCAUAUGUAAGCCACCUUGAGUCCCCUUCAGGGUAGAGAAAGGCGAGGUAUAAAUAGGGGAAAUAAAUAAAUAAAUAAAUAAAUAAUAAAAUUUGAGGGAUAGCUAGCUGUAUAAAUCUAAGUUUAGUUUCAGAACCCAUGUACAUGUCACAAAUACGUGCAAUGAAUGUAUUUUUAUACUCCCUAUUUUCUCUGAGUGGUAACAACACUUUCUAAAAGCCAAUCUCUCAUGGAGGAUUUAUGGCAUUAAUUGUGUGUUUGCUAUGAAUUAUGCAAACUGAGCAGAGUAGGAAGGGUACAUUAAGAUAGUGCUACAUGUCAGAGGUUUCUUUUUUUAAACAACAGCAUACAUUUUGCAGUUGCCAGAUGAAACAUAGGAUAGGGAAACUGUCCCUUUAGUGGUUGUGUAGAAGAGGGAAUCUGGCAGAGGUAAGCAAUCAUUAGAUGAUGGGAGCCCAUUCUCUUAUUGCAUCUAGCAAUCCUAAUGCUUUUGGAGUUUUGCCCAAGGCUCUGUCUUACUGGCUAGCAAUGAAACAUUCAUGUUUUAUUAACUACCUACAUUUUAGUACUUCAUUGCCCUCACCACACUUUCCCUUACUGAGAAGUUGGAGCCUCCGGUGGCGCAGUGGGUUAAACCACUGAGCUGCUGAAGUCAGUGGUUCAAAUCCAGGAAGCAGGGUGAGGUCCCACUAUUAGCCCCAGCUUCUGCCAACCUAGCAGUUCAAAAGCAUGCAAAUGUGAGUAUAUCAAUAGGUACCACUCCAGCAGGAAGGUAAUGGCGCUCCAUGCAGUCAUGCUGGCCACAUGACCUUGGAGAUGUCUACGGACAACACUAGCUCUUUGGCUUAGAAAUUGAGAUGAGCACCAAUACCCAGAGUCAGACACGGCUAGACUUAAUUUCAGGGGAAAACCUUUACCUACACUUACAGAUUGGCAGGUCCUUCCAAGCAUUUGGGGAGAGCAACUACCCAUUAGCCAACUUGUCCAAAAAUUGAGGUUAUGGGCUGGUAACACAACAAAAGAAAGUAAUAAAGAGAAGACCCUUCUCCCUUUCUUUUAAAUGUGCAGCCAUUUUCCCCAGAAUAAUGUGUUUACUCCAGAACCGGGUGCAUGCUUUUUGCCUGCCUUGUUUCAAAACCAAUGCUUGUUUGAAUUAAGGUGGGGUUUCUUUUGCCACCAACCAGUCUGAGUACUGGGACAAGAGCAGCAAAUACCACCCUGAUGACAAUAUGUUCCCUGACUCUCAGAAGUUGUCCAGCCUUGGCUUUGGUAUGUGAUCCUCUCUUCACUUGAUACAGAUGUGAGUCAUUUCCUAACAAGGCCUUGCCCUUUGAUUAAUCUGCCCCCAAGCAAUAUAGCAAACUAAUAAUGAUAACGUCUAGCUAAACUGUUCAGUGUCUUUCUUGCUUUUGCUCUAUUGAGGGACAUAUUCAGAAGUUUCCUUCUGGAAGAAAGGGAACAUGAAGAACCAGAACAGAGACAUAAAGUUGCAGGCCUGGAUGUGAUCAAAUUCAAAUAAGUAUUGUAUUAGAGCCGUACUAAAUACCCUAAAUGCACCACAUUGUUUCUGAUCUUGGAAAUUAAGCAGGGUAAUCUCUGGCUGGUGUGCGGACGAGAGGCCACCAAUGAAUGCCAGGAACUGAAGGCUACAUUUCAGAAGAAGAAACUAGCAAAACCACCUCUUUGCUAAGAAAACUAUGUGAAAUCUAUAGUAUCACCAUAUGUUGAUUGGCAGUGUGUGCUGAAUGCGUAUGGUCGUUUAAACUUUGAAUAUAUUAUUGUUCAGGACACACAUAGCUUUGAAAAGCUCCCUUAGAAAUGUACUCUUCAAGGCCUUUUUAUAGACUAGCUCAGCAUAAUGGUCAGUGGCAAAUUGCACAGCUGUUGACCUCAAUAUAAUUUUGCACUCUCUAACCGUGGUUAGAGACAGAAAUAGAACAUGGCAAUACAAUUGUGCAGAUAGUCCACGAGAUGAGGAACUUUGGCAACUGAACCCAGUUACAUCAGUAUUUCUUUGAUACCUUGUUUGCAUUAUCUUAGCAAAAGUAAUAGAAAGUGGAAGAAAUAUUGGGUUAGCAGUGAUUGACAUGUAAUUUGAGGAACAUUGGCUCCCUCUAGUGGCACUCCAUAACUAGAAUACUGCCCUCAGUCCUUUCGAGACUGCAAAUGCAGAGCCAGUAUGUUGGUUUGACCAGAAUCUGAAUUCCCAUCCAGCCAUGGAAUCACACUGGGUGUCCUGGGGCAAGUCACACUCUCUACUUCAGAGGGAGGUAAAGGCAAACCCCUUCUGAACAAGUCUUGUCCAGGAAACGUCACAAAAAUACUUGACACACAACAACAAAUGCAAUAACAAUGCAAAUAGAUUGCAGACAUAAAGAAUGCCUCCAUGAAAACAAGUGAUGCUUUGAAUGUAUAGGAGAAUCUACUUUUUCUCUCCCAUCUUAGCUUUACCCAUUGAGCUGCUAGAGGUAUUCUUUUCAUUGUCAGUGCAAACCUUGACGCAAUCAUGCCAUCAGUGUAGUACCAUACAGUUUAUUUAAAGAGUGAUGUGGGUGUUCAUGCAAAUUAGACAGCUAAGAGAACUUUUGUUUAAAAAGCAAUACCACACUGUUCUUGCUACCAAUGGGGCCAGGCAACUUGAAAGGAUAUUGGGAUUGAUUUAGCUUAUUACAGACUUUGACCACUUUCCAGUCUCCCUCAAAUAAGUCUGGUAGUAAAUUGGAGAAGCAUUGAAUUACAAGGUCUAAUGUGAGUGAGGAAGGGGGUUCCACAUGUGCUGAACAUUUUAUAACCCCAAUAAAGCUUGUUAAAGUUUCAUUGCCUGCUUCUAUGGUAGGUCAAUACAUUUCUUAACACUUCAGUAGAACUUGGCUUUUAAAGAGUCAUGCCUUUCUUGCUGCUGCAGCAGCAAAAUUCACCACCUCAAGUCAAACAGCAUCGUACCUAGGCCUCUCAUUUUGGUACCCCAAGCAGCAAAUCUCAAAAUCACAUCUCUUCCUCUCUGGCAGUAGUAAUACAACAAUGAUAACAAUUUGCCAUAGUUUGGAGUAUUUGUUGAAUAAAAAACUCUGAUUCAGUAGGGUGCAACUGUAGAGCAUGAGAAGAAGAGGCAGCAUGGAAAGCUGAGACUCCUGGGAGCUCAUUCACACUUACCAUCGCUUAUGUCUCACUUUGUCUGAAUUGUGACUUCUGUUGUAGGGACAAGAAAGCUGAAAUAAAAAAAAAUGUGAUUCCCAAAGUAGUAUUGCUUAGAACCCAGGAACAGUGUGAAUUCAUUCAUUCAUUAUGCCAGUUUCCCAAUCUAUAAAACCUAGUAGUGAGGCUGGGCUGGCUGUGGCAAAGAAUAUGGUGACAAUUGUGAUAGUGCCUCUGCCUUGCUGGUUUGCUUUGUACACAGAGCCGGCCCUAGGUAUUUUUCAAGUGUAGGCGAACAGAAUUUUGCCCCCCGCCCCAAUCCUGAAAAAUCACUGAAACCACUGAAAAAUAAAAGCGUUGGAUAAGCAAAAAUGUUGGAUAAUAAGGAGUGAUUAAGGAAAAGCCUAUUAAACAUCAAAUUACAUUAAGAUUUUACAAAUUAAGCACCAAAACAUCAUGUUUUGCAACAAAUCAACAGAAAAAGCAGUCUCGACUGCGCCCCCGUAUGUUUUGUGCCCAAAGCGACUGCUUAAUUUGCCUCAUUGUUGGACUGGCUCUGUACAUAAUACAAAUCUAAGUUCUUGAUUAAUAGAGUCCAUGUUUUCCACGGAUGCAUAGUCUAAAUAUCUCAAUUAAAAUCAUGGAUUGAGUUCAGAUGUUGUGACAAAAUUGCAGUUGGACAGUUGAGAAAAUGCUACAGAUUGAUUCCUUCUCUCCUGUUUCCUGGUUUCAGUCAUUAUAGUUUGCAGUUUGACCAAUCAUGGCUUCCUCAAAACAAAGGUUUGAACUACAUUUCAAAUUCUGAGUAGGAAACAAAUUGUGGUUUGUGGAACCAUAGUUUGCUUGAUUCAGAUGUUAUGACUAUUUGGUUACUAUGAAACAGAAAGUAGAAGGGAGGAAUAGGAGCCUGAAAAAGAAGUUGGUAAAUGAAACAGCCAUCAAUAUAUUUCCAGUAUGUAGUAGUUUGCCUGUGAGCACUAAACAAAGCCAUGGUUAUACUGGCAAUUUUUCUUGCCCCUUCUAGUUCAUAAGAUGCUAGCUUACAUCAGCAUAGAGACCUGCCUAUCUGUCUACCUGCCUGUUUUUGGGCUUUUGUGUUCUGCAAUUCUUUCCCUGUUUAGAUUCCAGUUGCAUCCACUGAUUACUUUGCAGAAAAAGACAAUGUGUUACAGAUAGACCUGGAUUAUUGUAUUUUCAGUUUUAACAUUUGGAGGGCUGAGAUGGGACUAACUCCACUGUAAUAGCUAUAAAGAACAAAUGUCAAAUUAUUAAAUAUCAGUUUAGCAGAUGUAUUUGGGACAGUGCUUUUCUAGAUCUUUACUAUGAAGUAUUAUUGACAAAUAAACACACAUUAUUAUUGGGAAUA